AUGGCGUUUGUUAAGGCCACCGGAGACGAGUUCAUGAGUGAUCCGUGUGCUAUUGACCACGUCUGCGCUCCAAACGAAGCAGCAGAAGACAAAGCAAAACGGAUAGGAUACGAGAAAGUUCGAGACAUGAAAGACGAUCCGCUGUGCGCUGGAAGGGUGCCGAGGCAGGUAUAUGAAGAAAUGCUCACAAAAGCGAGCCAGGAGUAUGAUGAUGACGUCAUCAGUGCUCUGUAUGGAUGGGGAUUCGGGAUGAAGCGGCAAGCAAUAUCGAGAUGGCCUGCCGCAAGUGGCCUAUACGCUGUAGUUGCUGAUGGAGUGCAUUCGAAGCAACCAAAGGAGCUCAUGCAGUUGCACUGCGUUCACGGAGCGGUGAGAUGGCAUGCUCAAGAAGUUCGUACAGGGCCGGAGCAGAGUUCCCAUCGUAGCCAAUGGUGGGACACGAUAAAAGGGGUGAUUUUCUUGCCUAGACGUCUAUAUCCAGGAAUAACAACGAAAUUGUGCUAUAAUGUGGCAAAUAAAGUGUGUUUUACUUCAGGUCCGGGCUUGUGGUCACCACCUGUUCCCCAAGACCACGUCGCGUAUGGUGCGUGCAAGGACUUCCUUGAGUACUUGCACGCGACGUGGUUUGAUGGUCCGUUUGAAGAAAUGUGGAAUAAAUGGGAGAAGGUGGAUCUUCGAACCACGAACAUUGCGGAAGCGUACCACAACCGGCUCAACGUCACGUUCGGAAGAGAUCACCCAGACAUGAGAACGCUGCUAGAGAAGCUCAAGUACAUUGACUUCGAAGCAAAACGCACGCUGCGCUGCUUACGAGAGACAACUUUCAUGUAA